AUGAUAGUAAAAAAAUUAAACAGUUUAAUCAUUUUAUGCUUAGUUGUAUCACGUCUUGUAGUUAUUGUAGGUGGAGAAGCCGAUAACGACCGGUCUUAUUAUUAUUGGUUUGAGUUACGUGAUCCAAAUGAUAUGAAUGUACUACAAGUUGUGCAACUUAGUAGUUAUUGGACAACUAGUUUUUUUGGUGAUUGUUUUGUUCCGCUUUCUAGAGAACAGUUCUUGGUGGGUAUACUACCACAGAAAACAUUAUUCAUAAUUAAUGCAGAUGGUCAAGUCGAAGCAACAAUUCCAUAUGAUCUAUGUGACUUUUCAGCAGCAGCAGCUUUGAUCAACAGUUGA